AUUUAUAAAUAGAUGGCUUUUUUCCUUGAAAUCUGUGCGUAGGGGCGUAAGGCCUAUUUAACACAGUGACUAGAUACUCUUAAUCAAUCAAUAAAAUAUAAAUUAUAAUUAUCAAAUUAGUGUUUUAAAAAUAUUAUUUGAAUCUUUAAAAGCUUGUCUACGUCUAGAAUUUAGACAAUUAGGAAAUUGGAUUAACAGAAAAUGAGUGGAGAUAUGAACUUUAUUGAAAUGGACCAAGCCAGCGAUAUAAAACUAGAAGAUCAACUUCUUGAAUGUUUUGAAUUGGAAGAAAUGAGAAUGGUAUUAUCGGAGAUUGUCAACUCUAUUAAUGAUUGUGAAAUAAAACACCUGAGAGAGAAAUUAUUUCAAGAAAAAGUAAUAACGCUUCAACAAAUGGAUGACAUUGAGGAUGAUACCAUUAAAAAAAAUGUAUCUGACUUCAUUCAAAGGAUUGAUUCAAAAACUGAUAUGCUGUCUAAAGUUUUAAUUGAGUUUUCAUGUAACUUUGACAACGGACAAACAGUAAAAGACAUAUUGGCUAAAAAAAAAGCUCAAGCAGCUUCUGCUAACAUAGAAGAAAGUAAUAACAAAGAGUCCACUCAAUCAGAGAGGAGUAGUGAUGAGAAAAACGUUGCUAACACUACAGAGAAUGACUCAGCAUCAUCUCAAGUUGCUUCUGAUGAUAAGAAUAUUACUAUCAAAGAAAAAAGUGAUAAAUAUGAUACUAAGUACGAUUGGUUUGUAAAAGAUCCAUCACUUAAAGAAAUGCCUGUCACUCAAUCUGAUGCCUCCAAAUUUCCUGCAUGUUUUGGUAGUGCUUGGCAAGAUAUUAUGAUUGAAUUCGGAUUUACCAAAAAUAACAUAGAACUUGCAAGGGAAAAUGAUGGUUACAAUCCUCACAAGACUAUCACUAGUUUAAUCAUUAAAUGGAUUCAACGCAAUGGCAGGAAUGCAACUAUGGAUCGAUUUUUGACAAUUCUUAAAGAUACAGAAAAGCAUGAAAUAGAAUGGGGAAUAUUGGAGCAGAUUGUGAUAAAAAAGAAAUUAAAUUAACUAAGUUUUAAAUUAUUGCAUAUAAAGACCUAUAUAAAUAAAAAAUAAUAUUUGGACCAACCUACUCCCAAUUUUUUGACAACAAAUAUUUAAUGAAAUGUAAAAAUUUUAAAUGUUAACAACAAUUGUAGAUAAAUUAUAGAAAUAAAACUGUAAAAUAUGUGUUUCUUAAUUUAAAAAAUAUAUAUUACAAUGUUAUAUUAGCUCACUCUAUAUCUUUUUUGUAUAUUGUUUGGAUUUUUCCAAUCAAAUUUUUCAACCACAUCUACGUCAUUCAAUCAUCGUCAAAUUUUGCAUACAAGGUCACGCUCAAUGACAAUACAUGAAUUACCAAGCAAAAGAAAAAAGAAUGCUUUUUAAAAAAAUCAAAGCUUAUCUAAGUGAAAGAAGCGCUUAUUACUGCCAGUACCAGGUGGCCGAGCCUCGCUCGGAUGAAUAAUUUGCUAAGGAAGGAUAUAUACCCGAAGUCAUUUUGGGAAUAUUUUAGUAAUUACGAAAAGUCCUCCUACAGUUUAGACAAACCACAACUCACGUCGUGUCGUUUUACAAAGCAUCUUUUGCGUAAAACUAUGGGGUUAUUAAUGGCUUGGAAGAAAGUCUUUGCAGUGUAACUUCUAAAACGGUUACGUUGUGACAUUUAAUAUUGCAAUUAGUUUAUUCAUAAUGGAUUUAGUUCGAAGCAUCAAGUGAUGCAAAAUCUCUACGUUAUAGGGUAUAGCGUGCACCUUGUAACAAAGUAACAGCGCAUUUUUUCUUAAGAGACUUAAAAACAUCGCGUUAGUAUUCGAAAAGAAGCGUUAUUGUGGGGCAUCCCUGUUACGCUGAUCACCUUUCAAAUCACACAAAAAAAAGUGCCCUGCCCACCGUGACGGUCGGACUAUAAGAAGUUCAUACUAUUUCGCAAGAAUAUCGCUGUUUGUAGUGCGGUCUUGCCCCCGUAUGUCCAUGAUGGUGUGCAAAUAUCUUUGGUGAAGGCUUUCAAGAAGUCUUUGAUGCUUUCAAAAAGUACUCAUGUCUCAGAUCCACAGAGGGGUUGAGAGAACCACUGCUUGGUCGACACUGAUUUUUGUAGACAGGCGGAGCGAUUUAUUUCGCCACACUCUCGCAUGGAGGCUUCCAAAAGCACGACUAACCCUGAUCACAUACCAACCUCCCUUUAAAGCAAUGCGUCAUUUGAUACUAUGGUUCCCAGAUAAUGUGAAGUUAUCUACCACGUUAUCAACCUACAAUAAGAUGGUGCGCAAAUUUUUAAUUAGGCCAAUUGAUUCAUUAAAACUUGUUCUUGUUAGCGAAGAAAUGUUUUAGUGUACUGCUGUGAGCCUAGUGACGUAAGCGGUGUCAAGUUUUUUUUCCCUUUGACGUCAUGGAAAAAAUUUCAUUCAUAAAACAUUCUAGCCAAAAUUAAUUUUUCAAUAAUGAGACAUUUUCAAACCGUUAUAACGGUCGACCUCGAGUUUUCCAGAUGUGGCCAAUGAGCUGAGAAUUUUUUUCUCAUUAAUAUUCACAUACCUUGAAAUUUUAAAGAAAAUCGUUAGAACCGUUUUCGUAAUAAAAUUUAAAUAUAUAUAUAUAUAUAUAUAUAUAUAUAUAUAUAUAUAUUCAUACUUACAUACAUAAAAGAAUUGCUCGCUUAGGUAUAGGAAUAUCAGGUGGCCCAGCCUCGCUCGGUUAAAUAAUUUCCUAAGAAAGAUCAUUUUGGGAAUAUUUUUGCAAUUACGAAAAUGAACGAUUAGAUAAAGACUACUAAUCUGAAUAGUUGCUUUAGUGUUUUGUUAGUUCUAAAUGUAAUUGUACAUGGCGAUUAAAUAUAAAGUCUCUUAAGUCCUCCUACAGUCUAGAGUCUAGACAAACCACAGCUCACGUCCGUCUUACAGUUUUACAAUCCAUUUGUUGCGUAAAACUAUUGUAGGCCUACUAUUACUGGCUUAGAAGAAAGUUUUUGCAGUGUAACUUCUUAGAUGGUUACGUUCAGACAUUUAAUUAUGGAAUUAGUAUAUUCAUUAUGGCUUUAGUACGAAACAUCAAGUGACGCAAAUAUCUACGUUAUAUGGUAAAACAGGCAGUUUGUGACAAAGUAAAAUGGCGCAUUUUUUCUUAAUAGACUUAAAUCAUUGCAUUAGUUUUCUAAAGAAAUGUUUCCGUGGGGCAUCUCUGUUACGCCGAACAAUAUGUUCGUCCCCCAUACGGGAUAGGUGCCCUGCCCAGCCUGACUGUCGGACUAUAUAAGUUCAUACCGGCUUUUGCCAUCCAUUUAUCCCAUUGGUGCUACAGCCCGUGGAGGGAUAUGGCCUGCUUUUACACAUCCAUCCAUUCAGAACUCUCCUGGGCCUUUCGUCACAACACCCUAACCCCAAGCUUUUUACCGAGGUUUUAUAGUUAAAUCAACAGGGGCUGCAGCGUACGCAAACUCGUUGACCGCUAGCUAAAUAUCAUGUUCAGUGUGAGCAAGUAAGGCGUAGAGAACCUGUGUUAUGACCAUUUCCUUUGUUUAAGUACGGGACAGUAGACACCGAAGCAUGAACACAUGGUAAUAAUUCACCAGCAAAAUAAUAAUUUUAAGGCUUGUCUUCGAGUCCGAAGAUUAAUAAGGAUUGCAGUAUUUCCCGUGGAUACGCAGCCUCAGCUGUGACCUACAUUUCGCAACAUCCAAAGCAAGCAUAACCAUUGUCCGCAGGUGGUCGAUUAAGAUUUUCUUUUGGUCUCAAAUGUGUAUCCGCGGCCUUUCUAUAGAGAGAAUUCUUUAAGACCGACAGUUACGCUGGACAGAGCAGUAUCCUGUAUGCCAAAGGCAGUCUUUUUUUGGUGAGCUAAAAAAGUGGUCGACGUAACACCAAAACGCUUAAAAGACCAGCUUAGGAGCCAGCCAACUUGCCUUAGCUGACAUAGAAGAGAGCACCUGGUAUAGGACAGAUGUUAAAUAUUUAUACUUUUUAACUGGCAUAUAGUUUUAUUCUUUUUUAAUGUUAUUCUUUUGUCAUGUAAAUAAAAAUUAAUAUUUUAAAUAUUGCUGAUUUCUUAGGUUUUAAAAUUAUUAUGUGUUGGAAAAAAGGUCAGAGCAGGGGAUGAAACAACCGGGGAGGAAAUAAUCUGACCUGGCUAGACAGUGAACUGAAAUGUUUAAAAUUGUAAUAUUUUUGUUUGUAUAUAUGAAAUGUCAUACUUGCCUUAGUCAACCAAACAUGAUACAGUUUUUCAGUGUUUUAAAUCACACACAAAGUAUUUUUAGAUUAUCGCAAUGGACUAUUAGAGGCAUCUUCAUUACAAUCUUUUAAACUUGUAUAUUUCCCCAUUAUAUAAUGAAAUUAAAAAAAAAGAAUUUCAGAUAUGACAUUGUAUGACCUAAUAGAUGGUUUAAAUGUCUUUCCAUCUUGAUGAACCACUAGUUACAAAACCCCUCUACCAAUCAGCAUCCACUUUUUAAACAACUAAAAACUAAUGAUUAUUUUCUUACCUCACAUCUCUCACCCCAAAAACCCAUUCAGGGUUGUAAGUUAACAGUUUCUAGACACAAACGUGGGAUUUAAAUUAUGAGUGUACUUCUAGCAAAGAUAGCAUUCAAAGACCAUGUCAAGGAUUUGUAUGCAUUUUUAUUGACAGAUAGGGUUAAAAAAAAUAAAUGUCAACACAAUAUUAUAACAAACAAUAUAUUAUUUUACAGUAAAAAAUGGAACAUUUUAAUUACAAUAAACAAUUUAAUAAAUGCAACUAUAACAAAAACUAUUACACUAUGCAAAAGAUAGUUUGUAAUUUAAAAAGUGAAGAUUAUAACGUCAAAUGAUCUUUCACACAAUGGUAGUCGCGAAGAAGAGUAUAAACUAAUUUGUGUAGUUUAAUUUUUUCUAAAGCUUAUGCCUUUAAAAUGAAUUUUUUUUUUUAAUUUACCAAAUAUUCAUUCUUGUUGAUUGUACUACAUCAGUGGUCUUCAACGGGGGGCGAUUAUAUAAAAAUGGAGGGCGCAAAAGAGGCGGUAAGGGAUGCUGGACACAUUAGGGGCGCAGAGAUGAAAUUGAGGCUGCUUUGAAACAAAAGGAAAAAAUGAUGGCAUUGGCAAAGGCAAUAUAGACAAAUAAUUAUAUUUUUUUUCUUGAGUUUUGGAAUUCCUUUUUUUAUGAUUUAUAAAAACCUUUUUGAUGAUGA